AUUAUUGUAAUAUUGUAGGUAAAUAACAAUUCACUGGAGAAACGCAUUUAAAUAUUGUAUCUUAAAUUCUAGGAUAUGAAAGAUGGCAAGUCCCGAUAGAAGUAAGCGGAAGAUAUUAAAAGCCAAAAAGACCAUGCCUAUAAGUUGCCGGAAGCAAGGGGAGAUCCUGAAUAGGUCAAAAAGCAUUGAUGCUCUGAAAACAACAGCAAUUACGGAUACAGUUCCCAGUGGUGAUCACAAUUUAAGUACUGUGCUUAUAACUAGCAAAUGCAAACAUUCUGAAAAUGUUGAUUCCUCAUUGGGCUCUAACAAAAAUUUAGUAUUGUCACAGAAGAGUAUAGAAUCUUCCCAGAAUGUGAAACCAGUGGAAAAAAAUGUUGAUUUAGGAACAAGAUUGGAAUGUAUUAAUGAGCAAGUUAUGUGUCCUUACCAAAGGUCAAGAAAAGCAAUUGUUUCUCCAAGCAAACCUGUACAAGAGACAGAAGAUUCACAGAAUACUUCUGAAACUCACUGUAAAUAUCAGGCAACUAAAACAAGAUCUUCUUGUGAAUGUGAAGAGAAUUCUCCAAAGUCCACUUGGUAUCCACCUGCUGCAUUGAAUGGUGUCGUUGAAAACACCUUGGAUGAUGAAAGAAUUGCCAAGAUGUUUUCCAAUUUAGAAGCAAACUCCAAUUCAGAGUCUCUUUAUAGAAGGCAGAGUGAUACUUUAAAUUCGGACUCCUGUUUUGUGCCUGUUGAGAAAAAACCUAUCUUGGUGAAUUCAGUCAGCUGCAACAACUGUGCUGCUACCAUUUUGAAAACUGAAGAAUCCAGUAGAACCUGUCACUCCAGCAUUUCACUUUGUAAACCUGCAGACUCAGAGUGUCAUUCAUUACUUGCCACUGGCAGUAGUAAGUGUACAUUUUAUAUAUCUUUUGAAGAAGUCAAAAAUAGUCACUUUGAAGCCAGGUGA